AUGAUGAAACGUCGUAGUCUUGGGAUGAAGCAUAUGAACUCUUCGCCGCCUACAGUCAUUCAUGAGAAGUUCCAAAGCCCUUUGGUGCGUUGUCUGUCACCAGAAGAUGGUUCAAAGCGGAGAAGGAAAAAACCUCUGCGAUUACAGAAUCCUUUCAAUACUGCUCGCGAGGAUGUGAUUGAUCCUCUUCGCCUGAAACUUAUAGAUAAAAAUGCCGUUAUGGCUAGAGAUUCUGCCGAACAUGAAGCGAUGAUCGCUCGUCUCCUAUCUAGACCUUUCACGAUCCCCAUAGCCGGAUAUUCACUGUCCGGGCGCAUUUUGGGCAUGGCCAGAUCCCGAAUGAGAGUGGCUAUGUUUGAUCCAUAUGCUGAAAAUGCAGUUGUGCUCUAUGCUCCUCCACCUCUAUCAGCUCAUGAACAAUUGAAUAUGAAAGAGGAGGACAAACUGGUGGCGUCUGCGGCGGUUUCCCUAUCUCCGUCCAGACGAUUUCUGUGGAAGCGAUUGCUUGAUAUAAACAUCCUUCAUUCUAUUAUAGUUCCUCUUUCCAGCCACUUCGGUUGCAUCAUGGCUGAUGAGAUGGGCCUUGGUAAAACACUUCAAUGUAUCACACUAUUAUAUACCUUACUACGUCAAAGUCCCGUGGGUAAACCCACUUUUACCAAAGUAAUUAUCGUAUGUCCCAGUAGUUUAGUGAAGAAUUGGGAUAAAGAGAUCAAGAAAUGGCUAGGACAACGAAUUUGCGCAUUACCUAUGGAUUCUGGAAGCAAACAAGAGAUCACCAAUAAACUUAAAGCUUACAUGGCCGACGGGCGAGUUCGAGCUGCUAGUCCCGUGCUGAUCAUCUCCUAUGAGACAUUUCGUCUAUAUGCGAAGAUUCUGCACUCAAGCGCCAUAGGAAUGGUAAUCUGUGAUGAAGGUCACCGUUUGAAAAAUAGUGAUAAUCUCACCUAUCAAGCGCUAAACGGGCUACAGUGUGAUAGACGAGUACUCAUUUCGGGAACACCUAUACAGAAUGACCUGCUUGAGUACUUCAGUUUGGUGAACUUCGUUAAUCCUGGGCUGCUGGGAACAGCUAGUGAGUUCAAGAAACGCUUCGAAAAUCCGAUUUUAAGAGGACGCGAUGGUAAUGCCACCGAUGAAGAACAAAAGAAAGGCGAGGAGGCAACCAAGGAGAUGGUCACGCUUGUAGAGAAAUGCAUCAUCCGACGAACUAGCGCACUAUUGACAAAGUAUUUGCCAGUUAAAUACGAACACGUAAUCUGCUGCCGAAAUACGGAACUCCAAAAUUCCAUUUACAACAAACUGAUCGAAACCGAAAAGCGGAACAGAGCCAUUGAAAGAGACAAGGAAAACGGUGCUACAGCUUCAGCUCUAUCAUUCAUCACUCACCUCAAAAAACUCUGUAAUCAUCCAUAUCUAGUCUAUGAGGAACUGCAGAAAAGUGAUAAUAGGUUCCAUAGCUGUCUUGACUUAUUUCCCGACUCAUUCAAUGCAAAGAAGUUUGAUCCAUCGACAUCGGGAAAGAUGAAGCUUUGUAAACUACGUGGAUACGGUUACGUACGACUAGAUGGAUCAAUGUCAAUAAAGCAAAGGGCGAAGACAGUGGAGAAAUUCAACGACCCAGAGAGUAGUGAAUUUUGCUUCCUGCUAUCAUCAAAAGCUGGUGGAUGUGGUUUGAAUCUUAUAGGAGCAAACAGGUUAGUAAUGUUCGAUCCCGAUUGGAAUCCAGCCAAUGACGAUCAAGCAAUGGCACGGGUAUGGCGUGAUGGCCAGAAAAAGAACUGCUUCAUUUAUCGAUUACUGGCGACGGGUUCAAUCGAAGAGAAAAUGUUCCAACGACAAACACACAAAAAAGCUUUGUCAUCAUGUGUGGUUGACGCUGGACAGGAUGUUGCGCGACAUUUCAGCGCAGAUCAACUGAGAGAGUUGUUUAAGCUGGAAGCAGAUACGCCAUCGGAUACACAUGAGAGACUGAAAUGCAAAAGAUGCAUAAGUGGAAUUGAGAGCGUGGACCCACCGGAAACAGCCGACUGCACCUCUGAUUUAGCUCUAUGGCAUCAUUCGCAAAGAGAUGCUCGAAAGGUUGCUGAUUCCAUACUGCGCUCCGUAUUCAGUUGCGGUGCUAUCUCUUUUGUGUUCCAUCAAAAAUCGCACAAUGUGGAAGUGCCCAAGAAAAAGAAGGAACAAGAGGAUGAGGAGUAUAAACCCUGUGAAGAAGAAGAAACUGACGAUUAG